GGGUUUUUUAGAGAAAARAAUAUAUAUCGCGGCACGAUAAACUCUGUACAGGCAAAUAUGGAUAAACCCUAAAAAUUGAAGCUCUCAUGGCUUCGUUUCAGCUACUUCCUGCUACCAUUUCUCUUCCCCAUCUUCAUUUCUCCCGUUUUCUUUCAAACCCAUCACAUUGUAGAUAUCAAACUACAGAACUUCUAAAUCCUCUAGAUUCCUUUCUGAUUUUCAACUCGCGUUAUGUGCAGAACUCGUCUAAAUCUCCGAGACUAAACCCAGCAAGAGCUUCCGUAGGUGACGACGGCAAUGGGGUUGUGGAAACGGCCAGCCCCACUCGCCGAGGAAGAAAAAAGGGGAUGACAAAAUCGUCAUCUUCUUCAACUACUACUCAAAAGAAAACAAAGCGUUCUAAGAAAACCCUAGUCGAAGAUGAAACCACAGAAGGUAACCCCUUCGAGCAGGUCUCGGAAGACGAGCCAAUUGAUUCAAUAGCAGAGAAAUACGACGAUGGAAUGGACUUUCCGUACGAAGAUCCUCCACUGAUCUGCUGCUUUGGCGCAGCACAGAAAGAAUUCGUGCCCUCAGUCCGCGUACACGAUAACCAGAUGCACGCCGAUAAGUACUCGGAGUGGAAAAUGCUCCAAUGGGAUCCGCCAGAGUUUGCUAGGGCACCCGGCGGAGCGCCGUCCAACGUUGCAAUAUCGCACGUCAGGCUCGGUGGAAGAGCGGCGUUUAUGGGGAAAGUUGGGAAGGACGAUUUCGGGGACGAGCUCGUGUUGAUGAUGAACAAAGAGAAGGUGCAGACGCGAGCUGUGAAAUUUGAUUUAAAUUCUAGAACGGCCUGUACUUACAUGAAAAUCAAGUUUGAAGAUGGGAAGUUGAAGAUGGAAACGGUGAAAGAAUCGGCGGAGGAUUCUCUGCUCAGCUCCGAACUAAACCUUUCGGUUCUCAAGGAGGCAAGGAUAUUCCAUUUCAAUUCAGAAGCUUUGAUGUCAACUGCGAUGGAAUCAACGCUCUUCAAGGCCAUCCAAUUGUCCAAGAAGUUUGGAGGGCUCAUCUUCUUCGAUUUGAACUUGCUGCUGCCUUUGUGGAGAUCGCGCGACGAAACUAGAGAAUACAUCAAGAAAGCCUGGAACGAAGCUGACAUUAUCGAGGUCUCGAGGCAAGAACUGGAGUUUCUGCUAGAUGAAGAAUACUAUGAAAAGAAAAGAAACUACAGGCCUCAGUACUAUGCUCAAACUAUUGAACAGACCAAGAAUCGGCGAGACUAUUAUCAUUACACACCGGAGGAGAUAUCACCAUUGUGGCAUGAUCGCCUCAGGCUGUUGUUCGUGACGGAUGGAACCAUGCGGAUUCAUUACUAUUCUCCUUCGUUUCACGGCGUAGUGAUCGGUACCGAAGAUGUGCUCAUCACCCCUUUCACCUGCGAUAGGACUGGUUCUGGUGAUGCUGUUGUGGCUGGGAUCAUGAGAAAGCUGACUACUUUCCCAGAGAUGUUCGAAAACCAAGAUGYCUUGGAAAGGCAGCUUCGAUUUGCCAUCGCAGCUGGAAUUAUUUCGCAAUGGACAAUUGGUGCAGUGAGAGGAUUUCCUACUGAAAGUGCAACACAGAAUCUGAAAGAGCAGGUCUAUGUACCAUCAAUGUGGUAGAACACAAUAAUAUUGGAUUCAAAAGAAGCAACUGUUUGGUUUUGGGUUUGCUUUUUUCUCAGUUGAGUCGGARCAUUCCAUAGAAUGUACAGUGAUUCUUUCUUCUCAGAUGUCAAAGCYCUUUUAAGUCAACAGUUAGCAAGUAGUUUAGUCCAGACAUCAGAGUUGAAGGUGUUUAAAAAAUGAAGAAAAUGGGAAUCAUGGAAGAAA